GCAGCAGGUCCUAGCGGCUCUCCAACGGAUCCAACCAAAAAAUCCCGACAAAUCGAAUCCUUCGUGACCGGCUUCCGAAUUACGCGUACUAAGCUAGUGAAAUCCAAAAUCUGAAACUGAGACUGAGCCAACCGAGUUUAUUAGCCAGCUUCCAGCGGCCGAUUCGAUAGUGUGUGGUGUGUUUUUUUUAUCACCGUUUUUUUUUUUUUGUUGCAAGGAGGCGAGAAGGAGAAGGAGAUCCUCUACCCCAAGUGCAGACGCACAGAAACAGUACGGUAAUCCCCCGGCGAGCCGAGUGUUAUUUCCGCUUCCGUGUGCGUGCAAUUAGUGGGCGGAAUGGCGGCGCAGAGCCGCCGAUACCGCAAUCCCAAGCCCAAAUGCUCCAAGACAUUGUCGCUGGUGGCUUUGCUUUUGGGCCUGACUGUAACCCUGGCAGCCGGAAAUGACGCCAUUUCCGCAACGAAAGCGGGAAAGGACAUGCAGCAGCAGCAGCAGGAGCAAAAGUUGCCGUUGCAGCAACGCCAUCAGCAACCAUCGGACAUCGAAGACGACAGCGGAACGCGACCCGACAAGGACUUUGGUUUUGGCGCCUAUGCUGAUGAUUUCAAUUUGCAAGAAGAGGCCUCCAUUCCGGAGGACAUAUUUGACCAGCACGACGGCGACAUUGGGGAUGAAGAUGCCGACCCGGCCCACAUCCAAUAUGCUCCAUCUGCUGCUGCUGCUGCUGCCACCGCCGAGGAGAACGACGCCGAGGAUGAUGAUGAUGAUGUGGGCCUGAUGGAGGAGGACGACGAUGCAUCCGAGGCAGCUGAUAUCAUACUCGAAUCUCAAAGGCCCACUUCAAGGAAUUUCAGUGUUUACCUGGACGCUAAGAAAUACCAAAAUACCAAAAGCAGCAACAGCAACAGCAAGAAGCGGUCCAAGGAUAAGAAGAACAAUAUAAGCCACUACAACUACAAAUUGAAAAACAAUAAAGACAGCCGGCUAUCCAAGGAAGCUGGCGGAAAAUCGGAAAUGGCCACGGUUCCGGGUGGCGGUGGCGGGACAAAAUUCACUUCCAGCGAGGAGGACAGCGCGAACUUUGGCAGGCAAAGUUUUGCGUAUAAAAAAUUGAAGAACAUGCACGAACAGCCAAGUCAACAGGAACAGCAGGGGGACGGCGACAGGAAGCGCGGUGAUGAUGGCGAGGGAGAAGAUUCUCUCGAGGAAUACCCUGCGUCACAGCUGUUCGAUGCCAUUGAAAUAUUAAAUGAACGAAAAUUUAAUAAACCAUCGGCCCAAUCAAUGGACAAGUCGCAAUCGAAAAUGGAGAAGCAGCAGGAGAAGGAGCUGGAGCAGGCGAAGUCCAGACAGGUGGAUGAGGCCAUUGGCGAUAUCGAGGACAAUUUGGAUAACGAAGAAAUAUUGCCCAACAACGACGAUGAAGACGAAGACGAUGGCGAGAACGAGGACGAGGACAUUAAGUCGCCCAUUGACAAUGAUGAAUUGGCCAAAAAAUACCCAAUAGCCACAUCAACAACCACCAAGGUCCCAACCACUUUGGCUACAUUGAAAACCACCAGCAGAAGCAGCACCACAACCACCACAACGACAACAACAUCAGCCACCUCGACAACACCAAGAACUCCGCCAACAAUUGGCCGCAAACUGAAGAGGAAUUUCUAUGGUCUACCCCAUCCAGAAACCAGAUACUAUGGCAGCUAUGAUAUUGGCCGGGUUCGGGCUGUCCAGGACGACGAUGACACCGAGGAGGAGGAUGUGGGCGAGUUGCACUAUUACGACACCGGCAGCAAUCCCAGAAAGUUGGUCCGUUUCGAUCCGGAAAAGUCCGAGGAAAAUUACUUAAGCAGCUACUAUCCUGGCAAACUGAAUGCAACCGAAAAGAAACAGCAGCAGCAGCAGCAGCAACAUGUUGUUGCACAGCAGCAACAUGCAACACGUUACGUGGACGACGACUAUGCCGAACAACAGCCGCCGGCGGAAAAGUCUACGUUGGAAAAUCCCUGGGAGAAGUCCGCUGAAAAGCUGGAAGAGCAGGAGAAGCAGCAGCAGGAGGAGCAACUGGAGAAUGGCAAAUUGGAAUCUGAUUUGGAAUCUGCAUUGCAGCGAUAUCACGAGGCUACUGCAGCCACGCCCACUACCACAACGGCCGCCUCAUCGGCGUUUGAGCGUUUCAAGGCGCUGCGUAGAAGUCGCCAGCGGACGGGGCACAAGAUCCACAAAAAGCGUUACAAGGACUAUCUGAAGAGGCAGCAUCCGAAGAUGGAAGUGACAGCGCCCCCGGAAAUGGCUCCAGCAGCCACCAUGUCAACGAGACACCUACAAAAGUUGCAGAAGGAGCGAGAGCGAUCCACGCACUCGGCACCGAUCUUCGCCUUGGGAGUGCGACCCCAAAGGCCAAUGGUGGUCACUGGGAAGCCCUUCUACGAGGGACAGGUCAACUACUACGACAACCAGCAGCAGCUGGACGUGGAUCUCAAGCAUCAUACGGAAAUGGAACGUUUGAUUGCCCACGACAAUGGCAAUUGGUAUCGCCGCAUCAGUCCGGUUUUGAGGAAUGGCGUCAAGAGUGAUCCGCCAGUGAAGGACCACCACCACCACCAUCACCACCACAGUGGACAUCUGGGCAACCACCACCACCACCAUCAUCAUAGUCACAAUCACAACGGGGCACACACUCACCAUCAUCACAGCCACCAGAAGUCGACGCAUCUGAGGCCACGACCUAGUAAUCCCUAUCAGAGGAAAGCUCCAUCAGGAAUAGGUGCCCCCAGUCCACCACCGCCACCCACUCCGCCUCUUCCACCGCCGAAGCCCCAACUGGGCCAUCAAAUAACCGAGCUGGAACAUCUCGAAAGGUACUACGCCAAGUGGCCGCAUCUAGCCCGGGUGCAGUUCCAGGUCUACGAUGAGCACUAUCGCGAAUCGCAUCCCGAACUCUAUACCGACUACGAGGAUGACUACGAGAGUGCCGCUGAGCUGGAGGAGGCCCAGCAAGAGCGCGGUGAAGAGGCCAAUCUUCCGCCCUACAUCAAGAAGUACAACAGACGGAACAAGCAGUUACUCAAUCUCCUGGAGGGCACACUACCCACACCCACCAUGAAUCCCGGCAACUCCUUGGGCAGCACCGAAACCGUGCGACUGGAUGAUGAGUAUCUGAAGGAGAAGAGGCGACGUUACCACCAGCACCAGCGUUUUGAGGAUUUGUUUGCCCAGCAAAAGAAUCGCUAUAGUACCACUCAAGCCACGCCCAAAGAAGAGGUCACCAUGGCCAAGGUGGAGGACUCUAGGGAUGUGGGAUUCAAAGAGAGUCCAGUGACAUCCACAACGACACCCAGCAAUCAGCUGCCCGAAGAAGAUGCACCCGCAGAUUCUGGGGAAGAAACAGAUCCUGCACCCGAAGCCCUGGACUUUUGGCAGCGGGAAAUGGCCAGCAAGGCCAGUAAGACGGCAGGAAACCAACCGGCAAGUCCACAAUCUACCACCACGCCCAAGCCAGCGCUCUUCAAGCUCCCUUCAUAUCCUGCCAUCGCUGGCAGCUUCUUGGGCACACCGCGCAGUCGCAGCCGGAGUGCCCAGUUCGUGGCCAAUGUGGCUGGACGGGGUCAAAGUAGUUGGCCUCGUUUGGAGACGGGCAAUUCCACGGAAAAGCCAGCUUCUGCCGGAGGAGGAUCCCCGGUAGCCGGAGGAGCUGGAGGUGGACGGGGAGAUCCCUCGCCACUAAACUCCUUCGUUUACCAUCGUGUGGUCGAUGGCAUUGGCUUGGCGGGUGGAAGUGGAUCCGCCAUCUCCGGCUUCGUCGGCAGCAGUAGAGGCAAACAGUCGCGACUGCCAUUCGUGGCCAUCACGGAUCGUCGGCUGGAGAAGACGCUGGCGGAGCGACACAAAGACUUUGAGCAGAAUCACUUUCCGAUGCCUUAAGCCGCGUAUUUGUGCAGCAAUGGAAAAGCUAGAAAAGCUGGAAAAGCUGGAAAAGCUGAAGAGGGAGAGGAAUGGUAAAGGAAAAAUUAACGAUGAGUUGGUAGCUGAGGGUGGAAAGGGGAACUUUCGGGGAACUAUUUUGAAAAGGAAACCAGGAAAGGAAUAAAGCCAUAUCUUAAAAAAACAAAAAGAAUUUAAAAUUGUGAAUUUUUUAAUUAUUUUAUUGGUUUUUUAUACCCUCCAAAGCUUAAAAAUCUAAUCAAAGUGUCCUGUUAAUCUUAUUUUUUUAGCUUUUUAAUAUUUAAAGUGAAAAAAAAGUUUGGGAAAAGCGUAAAGCGUUUUGUUUAAAUUUUUUAUAAUUUUUCAUAAUGAAAUGUUAAUUUUAAAUAGAUUUAUGUUUAACUUAAAUAAAAAUAAAGUCAAUUCCCAUUUGAAGCCAUUUUCGAGCCACAAUAAACUGAUGCCAGCCAGCUGUUAAAUGCCAUCGAAGAGUCAGUUCCCAUUCCCCUUUCCACACCUGAUAUACCAACUCAAAAUCUAAACAUAAUUCUAGAACUAUAUUAUAGUCGCCGCUUUCGGAGGUAUUAUUUUUGGUGUUUUAUGUUUUACAAGGAGCGAAAGAAGCGAAUCAAAAAGGAUAUAGAGAUAAUGGUCGAAAACGAGUUUUUUGUGUGGUGAAUAAAUGAAGAAAAUUAAACGAUAAACGUUAGAAAAGGUAAACGAUAAAAUAAAGAAACAACAACAAAAAAAUGAAAUGUAAAACUAAAGUUAAGCGAAAAACAAUUUUUUUUUUUUUGUGUAUAAAUAGUGAAAAAACACCUGUAGACGAACACAAACACAAACAUAUAUACGAAAGAGACACACACACACACACACGGACACUCAAAGAGCUGUUAGAAAUCAAAAAGUGAUAACCGAAGAAAUAAUAAUCAUUUUCGCCUUAGUUUCGAUUGGAUUUUAUUUAGUUUUAGAAGCCUUGCUUUUGGGUGUAAAGUAGCUGAAACUUAGAACAAAUUGUUAAAAAAAGAGCCUCUCCAACAGUGCUGUCAGAUGAGAAAACCAAAAAAAAAAAUAAGAAAAAUUUAACGUUUAUCGGUAAAUCAACAGUUAAAAGCUUUUAAUUGAUAAUUUUUGCUUGAAUUUUUGGCCACAAUUCUUGGUUUUAACUUUUUAACUUCAGAAUUUACCAAUUUCCAAAGAGCAGUUUUUCAUGUAGGAAACAGUCAGUUCUUACUGACCAAAACCUAUCUAUAAAAGGGAUGAAAAGACAGCACUGUUCUCCCCAAGCACCAACACACACAGACACAGACACUGACUGCUUUACUGUUGCCCUGGCACGCAAAAUCCAUCGAAAUAGGUUUCAAAAUUAAAGGAAAAACAAUGAAAACACAGAAGAGGGAAAACGAAAUUUGGCAGAAGACAAUGUUGCACAAAACUUGAAAAGUAUUCAAUUAGCCAGAAGAAAACAAACAAUAAGUUUUAGUGGUUAGCAGAAGGGCAAGCGAAGAGAAAACAUAAAGUGUAAAACAACAUAUCAAGGCGGAGACAAGACAAUGUUCAGCAAGGAUUGGAAAAUUGAGAAAAUCGUACAAAUUGGGAACUUCAAAUAUAAGUUUAUCAUCUUCUAUCGUUUAUUUAUGUUAAUUGUUUUCUUAACUUAAAAAAUAUUUCAGCAUUAGUACUAGUUUUAAAUGGCAUCUAAAAGUAUGCAAUGAUUUUUUAUACAACAAAACUAAGGACUUUCUGUUUAUAUUUUGUGUUCUUUUUUCGUAACUAUUAACAUUUUAGUUAUUCUAAAACAAAAAUGCAUUAGUUACUUUGGAAAAUGUAAUCUGUUAAAAGUCUUAAAGUUUUCCCAGCUUGUAAGGAUUUUCCUUUUGGGCAGUAUAUGACACGCACACACACAAAAAUGGAAAAAUAAAAGUGCAAAAAAGGGAGACGAUGAAAACUGUGGAAAUUCCCCCGAAAAUAAGUCGAAAACUUAAGAAAUGAAAAAUACUUUGUGUAGAAAAAUAAAACAGAAAACAGCAAAAAAAAAACCAACGCAUUUCCACAGCUUUAGCCGAAUUACGAGUUUUUAUACACACGCACACUGACACAAAGUAUGUGAGCGGAAAUAAGAAUUUCAUAAGCAAGGCGAGAGGACAAAGGAGAGGGCCAGAAGGCGGGGCGAGAAUGCAAUGCGGUGUAAUUAACAUAUCAAAAGCGAAACGCGAAGAGCAAAAAGAAAAGGCAAAAGCGCCAAGCAAUUAAAACUAAGCGCGGUGGCAAAUAUUUCUCAAACUGGAUUCAUAAAAGUAAUUUUGUUUGAUAAAAAGCUCAGCUCAGCUCCGGAGUGGCGGAGUAGCGGAGUGGCUCAACUUUAAUCUUGAAAUACUUUAAGUUGAAGGGGGGGAAAAAAAAAGGAAAACCGAUUUCGAUUUUCCGGAUUCGCGGAAAUGUUCGCUGUUUGUUUGUUGUACAAUUUAAUUGGAAUUUGAGUUGAAAUGAAAACAGGAGAAGAGCAUAAUGGAAAAACCUUCAAAGGUAUCAGCGUAUCAAACAAACGAACAGAAAAAAAAAAAAAAAAAAAAGAAAGAAAGAAAGACACAACACAGACAACACUGCAACAUAUACAUGUAUACACAUCUCAUUAUGUGGUAACAUUUUAAUGGAAUGAAAUUCAAUAAAGCAACAAUUUAUUAUUUACGCAUAA